GCUAGGAGAGAGGAUAUAAACUCCUCACUGAGACCAAUAAAGUUUGAUUAUUGUAUAAGAAGUUUGCCUCCCGAAGCUUCCCUCAUGUUACCUCCUUCCUUCCGUGGUUUUCUUUGGGACACCACGUAAUAUGACACAUUUGUUUGACAGCUUAAAAUUUGAGGAUCGAAGAGAAAUCAAAGAGAAGGAAGUGAGGAAAGAGAAAUGAGACGGGGCCACGUUGGCGCUACUCCGUAACUCUGCACUACAGUGUGGAGUUGUGUUUUCGUUUAUAUCGCUCCACAAACAUCGAUCAAAUCCUAAUAGGUUGUGUCGGGACAUGGAGCGCUGGAGGGGCAGAGUGGCCCUCGUGACUGGGGCCUCAGUUGGGAUUGGAGCUGUGGUUGUCAAGGAGCUGGUGCGGCAUGGCAUGAAGGUGAUGGGUUGUGCCAGGGACGUGGAGAAAAUACAGAAACUUUCAGAGGAGUGCCAGGCCGCUGGCCAUAGUGGGUUGCUGGUGCCUUACAAGUGUGACCUGACAAACGAAGAGGAAAUCUUGUCAAUGUUCUCUUACAUUAAAUCUCAGCAUCAGGGAGUGGAUGUGUGCAUCAACAAUGCGGGUUUGGCUCUUCCAGAGUCACUUUUAAAUGGCAAAACCAGUGCCUGGAAGAGCAUGUUAGAUGUGAAUGUCAUUGGAUUAAGUGUUUGCACCCGUGAGGCCUAUCAGUCAAUGAAGGAGAGAAAUGUAGAUGAUGGACACAUUAUAAACAUUAACAGCAUGAGUGGGCAUCGAGUGGUGAGCAAUCCAGAUAUCCAUUUCUACAGUGCCACUAAGUUUGCUGUGACCGCCCUCACUGAAGGCCUGAGACAGGAGCUACGAGAGGCCAAAACCCACAUCAGAGCCACUUCUAUAUCCCCAGGUGUGGUGGAGACUGAGUUUACGCUGCGGCUUUACUCUGAGAAUUCUGAAAAACGUGCAGCAGCCUACAAACAGUUCAAGUGUAUUGAGGCUGUAGACAUUGCUGAUGCUGUGAUCUAUGCCCUAAGUGCUCCUCCCCAUGUUCAGAUUGGAGACAUUCAGAUGCGCCCUGUGGAGCAAAUAAUGUAACAUAAACGUAUCCACUAGAUGAUGCUGUUGUGUUAACUUUAAAUGGUUUUGAAAUCCCUUCCCAAUACAAGCCUAAAUUGCUAUUCAUAAUAAAAUAUAUUUCCACACA